UGGAAGCCUUACGCUCAGUCUUAAUCUGCGGUCACUUUCGGAACUUUACAGGCAAGGACUAGCUAGGCCCUCUGCCUCCAACCAGUGACGUGCCUGCCGCCUGCCUGGGACACCACCAGGACCCGGAGAUCCCGCUCUUCACCACCUCCCCCCAGGGCACCGACGCCCCAACUUUUUACGCGCGGUCUGCGCGCGGCGACUGGGUGUCUGGCUCCCGUGCUAAGGGGCGUGCGCAUCUUCCGGGUGCCGGCCGCGCUCCCAUCGUCUCGGCUGGCCCUCCUCCUCCCCAGGAACGAUCGUGGGGCUGGUGAGCCCGGAUCUGCAGGGCACUCCACUGUGCCUAGCGCUCCGAUUUCGCCCCCGCCUCCGAACCCAUCCUCGAGGACCGGACUGCGCCUCAGGAGGCCAGGCUUCUGAUUCCAAAAGUCAAGGCGGCCUUGUCGUCUUCUUUCCGAACGCGGGUGCCUAUCGCUGAUCUGCCCCGCGAGCGGCCGCGGAGAAGUCGGGCGCCCGGGACCGCGUCGCGCCGUCGGGUGCAGCGCGCACCAUGGCCGGCUGCUGCUGCUUGUCCGCGGAGGAGAAGGAGUCGCAGCGCAUCAGCGCCGAGAUCGAGCGGCAGCUUCGCCGGGACAAGAAGGACGCGCGCCGCGAGUUCAAGCUGCUGCUGCUGGGAACUGGUGAAAGUGGCAAAAGCACCUUUAUCAAGCAAAUGAGAAUCAUCCAUGGGUCUGGUUACAGCGAUGAAGAUAGAAAAGGGUUCACGAAGCUGGUUUACCAAAACAUAUUCACCGCCAUGCAAGCCAUGAUCAGAGCCAUGGACACUCUGAGGAUACAGUAUGUGUGCGAGCAGAAUAAGGAAAAUGCCCAGCUAAUCAAAGAAGUGCAAGUGGACAAGGUCUGCGCCCUCUCCAGGGACCAGGUCGAGGCCAUCAAGCAGCUCUGGCAGGACCCAGGAAUCCAGGAGUGCUAUGAUAGGAGAAGGGAGUACCAGCUGUCGGACUCAGCCAAAUAUUACCUGACUGACAUUGACCGGAUCGCCAUGCCUUCAUUUGUGCCGACUCAGCAGGAUGUGCUUCGUGUCCGAGUGCCCACAACUGGCAUCAUCGAGUAUCCGUUUGACUUGGAAAACAUCAUCUUUCGGAUGGUAGAUGUUGGUGGCCAGCGAUCUGAAAGACGGAAAUGGAUUCAUUGCUUCGAGAGUGUCACCUCCAUUAUUUUUUUGGUUGCUCUGAGUGAAUAUGACCAGGUCCUGGCUGAGUGUGACAAUGAGAACCGCAUGGAGGAGAGCAAAGCCUUAUUUAAAACCAUUAUUACCUACCCCUGGUUUCUCAACUCGUCUGUGAUUUUGUUCUUAAAUAAGAAGGAUCUUUUGGAGGAGAAAAUCAUGUACUCUCAUCUAAUAAGCUACUUCCCAGAAUACACAGGACCCAAGCAGGAUGUCAAAGCCGCCAGAGACUUUAUCCUGAAGCUCUAUCAAGAUCAGAAUCCUGACAAAGAGAAAGUCAUCUAUUCUCACUUCACAUGUGCUACAGACACGGAGAAUAUUCGCUUCGUGUUCGCUGCUGUGAAAGACACAAUUCUCCAACUCAACCUGAGGGAAUUCAACCUGGUUUAGAAGCUGCUGCCCACGCCUCACCCAUCCCAGAAGACGGGAUUUGGAAGCUCCUCCCGUUUAAUUUUGCAAGUGCUUGUGACGUCACCCACCUGGCUGGCAGCACCAAGCGGGCCCCAGGGACAGGUGAUGGACCGCUAAGAUAUGAGUUUAGCCAACUUUUUCAAAGUCUUUAUUUCUAAAUUGUUUUUAUAUUUCUUUUCGUGACUUUUGGUUCUGAGAUUUUGUGUAGGUUUUGGAUUUGAUAUUUUACAGAAUUUUUAAAAGCCACUGUGAUUUACUGUGUUGUUGUUUUAAGUUAAAGUGUGUCUAAUAAUAGUCCUUAACACAUCCUGUAACAGAGGGGUCUGUUAAUUUAUAGAUCAUGCCUUGAGACCUCUAGGGUUAAUUUGGUUGGCGUUUGUUUUUCUUAAGAAAGUUAAUGGGUUUGAAGCUUUUUAUUAAAUCUUGUAAUUUAGAGAUUGAGUGUUUUACUCUCUUCAUGCUGAAGUAUGCAUUUAACGUGCCAUCAAAAUUUUUUUCUGUUAAAUAUUAGUUUUGCCAUAAUUUGAGCACCAUGCAGCCAAAGUUGACAUAAAUGGGCUCUAGACAGCAUCUAUGUUGUACUGGUGAAAAAUUGUGUGUGUGUGUGUAUAUAUAUAUGACCAAGUCUUGUAAACUUAGGAAAUGGCUAAAAGCCUAAAUUGAACAAAUGCAACAUAACCCCUGCCAAAGUUCUGAUGGCCACCACAGACGUGCUGUUUGAGGCUAAGAAUAUACCAUUCUGCCAUUAGCAUGGGAUUAUGUUGUUUCUUUGCUGUGACUUUCAUAGUUUAUAACUCAAACUUCGUAAAUGUCCUUGUAGGGGAGGAAAAAUAAAUUUCCUUUUACCUUCUAGGUUUCUGGCUGAAAUCCCCAAACAAAUUAACAGAGGAGAAAAAACCACAAAACACCUUAGUUUAAUAUGUAUGCCUCUGUAUACAGGAGCGAUAACCGGAAGAACUGAGUCACUUCCCGAAUUGGCCAGGCUCUCCCCUUGACUACCUUCUUCAGCUGAAGAUGUUGGGGGAGGAGGAAGCACCUGUGAGAGGUUACUCAGGCAAAGCCCAGUAAGCAAGAGUAGAGUAAGGGUGUUAGGAUGGAGAGACCCUAACAGAUGAAGAUUUCGCUCAUAAAUUUCCCCCAUGAAAGGGUAGCUUUUGCUGGAUUGCCUGUUUCUUAAAAACAGCUCAAAAUAAUUCUUAUGCUAAAGAGGCACAUUGUGGGGUGCCACGGCCUGCUCCCCUUUGGGUCUGCCUUUGUUUCCCAGCCCAGAAGCUGAGUGGAUUGACAGAUUUUUCACUGAACCAGUCUGUCUUAAAAACAGAUCAGGCUGGUUAAAAAGUUGUCAUUUCAGGAGGUGGAGGGGCAAGGGGGAGCCCAGUUAGACCUCUACAGUGCAAGCAGGGAUUUAAUAAGCAUUUCUACGGGGGAAAAAAGGAAAAGGGUGAUGGAGCAAAUCAUACACUACAUCUCUGUCCUGAGGGCAGCCAGUCACAAGACUUCUGCAUGUUGGGGUCAAAGGAUCAUUUGCAGUUUGAAUGUCUCUGCCAUCAGGUAUUGAGGUAAACUUUGUGCGCCAACAGGUAUGAAGACUGUAAACAUGAGCUACUGUGGCAUUUCUGUGGAGUUUGUAUCAAGUCAUUCAUGUUCAGUUUGCAGGGCUUGGCCCCACAUUUUUGCAAAACUGAAAUAAUAACUUUUGUAAAUGACAAAAGACUUACAAAAUG